GAGCGUCAACCGUGCGUGUCCAGCAGCCGACGUUCACCGUGUCUGGUCGAGGUUCGUCGUCUCUCUCUGAUAGCCAAUUCACACUUCUCAUUGCUAUACCCAAAGAUGCCGACCUUACCUUCUCGCAAAGCGAUGGAAGAAAUGAAGCGACCUGAGAUCCAGAAGCUUUGCAAGGACAAUAAUAUCAAAGCCAAUUUGAAAACAGAUGCUCUCAUCGAAUUACUGCUGGACAAGAAGACUGAAUCGACCACACCCGUUACACGAACGCGCCGUGCUGUCUCUACUAGACACUCGAGUAUGAUUGUCCAUGAAGCUGACGAGCAGGAAGAAGACCAUGAGGAGGAAACGGAGAACCAGCCUGAACCUGAACCAGCUAACGAGUCGUCAGUCGUCCCUGCACGAUCGCGGAAGAAAGCGAAAGAGACGCAAACUCGUCUCGGUGUAGGGCGUCCAGCUGUUGCCGGUGGUUCCGGGCCUCGUGCCGUCACCAAAUCGGUCAGCGUAUCUAAAGGGAAGCGUGGCAAGAGCAGCAGAGUAGUAAAACCGGCGCAGGAGACCAUUCCAGAAGAAGUUGAGGAUGCGGAUUCACCACUAGUUCCAACGGAAUCUGAACCUGUCGCUGGUCCUUCUGAACCGACUGAGGAGCCCAGUGCAUCAAUAUCAACUAUUGUUGAAUCUGCAUUACAACCACUUACACGGCAACUUCAGUCACUGCAAGCUGAGUUGCAACAAGUUCGGAAAGAGGUGGCUGCCAUUCAAGCAUUGGAACAGAAAAUCGCAGCUCUCACCGCCUCGAAUUCAGCACAGGCCGCCACCAUCGCCUCCCUCCAAGCUGAUUUGAGAACUCUUCAAGAGGGAAACGUCAUCGCCAUGAACCCUCGCUUAAUUAUCACGAAUCCUUCUACUCCACAAUUGCGCAGUCCUCUGCCUCAGGUUAACAGGCCUUCCAAACUAACGAAUAAUGCCGAUCUACCCAAUCCCGGUAUUGCGCCAACCUUGCUUGGCAAACGGAGUCGUGACUCUACCGCCAGUAACAUGACUGGUAUAAUUGAGGAUGGCGAGCAGCAUAGUCUGAGCGACGCAGAACUUGCCAAUGCAGUUGUCCGUCCCACCAAAAAGCGACCCAAGCUGGACGAAGACGCUGAUAUUGUGUCUGGUGCAGAUGGACCUGCGUUUGCAGUUUAUACGGGCGAGGAGGAACCAUAUGUUGACCCUCCUCCUCCAACACAACGCCUUCCCGAUUUUUACGGACCCUCAUCGCCCAGUGCUUCAGGCUUGGAUCGUCAGACAACCAGUACACAGAAUGCGACGGAGAACCAACAUCCAUUCACAUUUGCCUUCACGCCUACGCCAGCAGACGUCCCGUUCGAUAUGCCCAACUUCCCUUAUCCCGAAGCCCCAACGUCCCCUUCUCCAGCUGGGACUUCAAAUGCCAAUCCCUCCUUGUUGCGACAAGGAGAGCGAACCGACAUCUUCCAGUCGUUUGGACUUCCUGCACCAACGCGACCACGUUCGCGUCUCACCAGUGCCUCCACGCAUCGCUCAACAGCAGACAACGCCACAUUGAAUAAACCGGAAGAUGCGCCGUCUUAUGGUCUUCGUGAUGCUUUACCUGACUUGGACUCGCAAUCUGCUCUCACUCGUACCAUGUACGGGACCGAGUCAGACGAUCGUUUUGGGGAUUUUGGCUUCCAGGGUGUUGCUAGUGCUGCCACUGGUAUAUGGCCUGGUGGUCGUUUCUGA